ACCCGGAAACCCACGUUAAACCCUGGAGGUUGUCUGCUGCCCCAUGUUUGCCUCCCAGCUCGUGCUGUUACAGGUUUUGUUCCUGAUGGUCCCCGAAGGCGUCCGGCUUCAGCCGUCUUCCUCCCCGACGGGGACGGAACCCACCCCUUCGGACCUGGAACCAGGAUCGCGGGCCGGGACCCGUCAGUCCCUCUCCGAAGGGACUGAAACUCCCUGGACUGUGCCUACAGGCUCCACGGUGAGCCCUACAGUAGUAACCCCCACGGUGCGCGGGAAUAGGACCGUGGACCUCUUCCCAGGUUUACCGAUUUGUGUCUGUGACUUGACUCCUGGUACCUGUGAUAUAAAUUGUUGCUGCGACAGGGACUGCUAUCUUCUCCACCCAAAGACAGUUUUCUCCUUCUGCCUGCCAGGCAGUGUGAGGUCUUCAAGUUGGGUGUGCGUGGACAACUCUCUUAUCUUUAGGAGUAAUUCCCCCUUUCCUACAAGAGUUUUCAUGGAUUCGAAUGGAAUUUGGCAGUUUUGUGUCCACGUGAACAACUCAAAAUUAAACUAUUUCCAGAAGCCCCAAAUAGUCAAUGCAACCAAUUUCCAGGCGCUGGCUGCAGAGUUUGGAGGAGACUCAUUCACUUCAACAUUCCAGACCCAGUCACCAUCACCUUUUUAUAGGGCUGGGGACCCCAUCCUCACUUACUUCCCCAAGUGGUCUAUAACAAGCUUGCUGAAGCAGCCUGCUGGAGUUGGAGCUGGGGGCUUCUGUGCUGAAAACAAUCCUGCAGGUUUCUUGGAAAGUAAAAGUACAACCUGCACUCGUUUCUUCGAGAACUUGGCAAAUAGCUGUACCUUGGCUCCAGCCCUCAAUGCUGCCUCUUACUAUAACUUCACAGUCUUGAAGGUUCCAAGAGCUAUAACUGAUCUGCAGAAUGUGAAGUUCCAGGUUCCUGUAACACUCGUCUCCCAGGUUGAUUCUCCUCUGCUGGUGGGAAACAUCUGUCAGAAUGUUGUCUCCCAGGUCAUCUAUGAGAUAGAAAUUAAUGGGACCUUUGGAAUCCAGAAAGUCUCUGUCAGUUUUGGGCAAACCAACCUGACUGUGGAGCCAAGCGCUUCCUUACAGCAACACUUCAUCAUUCGCUUCAGGACUUUUCAACAGAGCACAGUGGCUUCUCUUACUCGUUCUAGAAGUGGGAAUCCUGGUUAUAUCGUUGGGAAGCCACUCUUGGCUCUAGCGGGCGAUAGAAUUUAUCCAAUGACCCUGCUUCAGAGUCAGGGUGAUGGAACUUGCUCUGUUAAGAGAUAUGAAGUACAAUUUGGAGUGAAUGCAGCAUCUGGAUGCAAGCUCAGACUGGAAAAGGGGGACUGCACCCACUUGCAACGAGAGAUUUAUCAGACUCUUCAUGGAAGGCCCAGACCAGAGCAGGUUGCCAUCUUUGGUAAUGCUGACCCAGCCCAGAAGGGACAGUGGACCAGGAUCCUCAGCAGGAACUGCAGUGUUUCAGCUAUACAUUGUACUUCCUGCUGUGUGGUACCAGUUUCCCUGGAGAUCCAGGUAUUGUGGGCAUACAUAGGUCUCCUGUCCAAUCCACAAGCUCAUGUUUCAGGGACCCGAUUUGUAUACCAGUGCCAGGUUAUUCAGGAUUCUGAAGUAUCUUUGACAACUGUUGUGACCUUUGUGGAUAUUACCCAGAGACCAGAGCCUCCAAGGGGCCAACCCAGAAUGGACUGGAAGUUGCCAUUCGACUUAUUCUUUCCCUUCAAAGUGGCAUUCAGCAGAGGAGUAGACUCUCAAAUCUGCUCAAUCUCACUCAUCCUCACCCUGUGUCUUUUACUAUGUGGAUUUCUCAACUUACAAUUUAAAUGAAAAGAGGAUAAGAAUCUGAUUAUAAUUUUCCCUAUGGGAAGUUCUGAAGCAGCCUGCUUAUAUUGGCUAAAUUGACCCUCACCUGCUUGAAACCAGAGGCCAGCAUUUAGGAUAGUAAAGAAUCUAACUGAAUUAAUCUUUGUGUAGGAAAGACGGCCUUUUAGAAAAGCAAUAAGAAGACAUCAUAGCUCUGCUUGGGACUUCACAGACCACCAGCUAUAUACAUUAGGUUCGCUGCUUCUUAAACAGGAAGAAUCAAAAGAGCCCUUCUUCCAGCAAUUCAGGUUAUAUUUUGCCCGCCUAAAAGUUUGCAAAAUCAUCAUACAUUUGCUCACAGAUAUGAGCCCAGCAUCAAAUGGAAAAUGUUCCUUUCUCUAGCAAGUGAACCUGGAAAAAGCUGCCCUCUGGACUUGACAGGAGCUGAUUGCUUAAAACAAAAAACUGCAAGCUGUUACUUUGUCCAGCUCCUCCCUGGGGCCAUACACUCUUUGCCCUCUUACUGGGGAAAGCGGUUCUUUCCACUCAGUUUUCAAAAAUGAAUGUAGAAUCCCAGCCCACUUGUCUGCCAGCUAAUGACUUCACCACUCACUUGUGUUCUUACCUUCCUUCCAGGGUGAGGAACUAUAAAACAGACUGGGAACUUUGUUGUGUCAAUUCCAGCAGCACGCAAAAGUUAAUUAACACACGAUCUGCCCUGUGAUUAUUUUUGUAUGUGUAUGGGGUUUUAAAAAGAAAAACAUUCACACUUUGUACAUAGCAUUCAAAUCAAGGGACCUUGGUUCUUUUCCUGGGAGACACACCAGUGAAGACAGAGUUAUGUGGCACUGAGCAGCGAAUGUACUUUUGCAGCCUAAGGCAGUAGCAGCUGACAGAGGGCAAUACAUAUGUGCAUGGUUGAGCCCUACCUGCAUGGCCACCUCAGAGAUUCUGACUUGCAGAGCAAACUACUAAAAGGUAUUGCCCUAGUAUUCUUAGGUGAAGAAUUGGUUGGAAAUUAUGAUAAAAAAAUUGGGGAGCAGGAAGCAUUAAAAGUUUUAAGCCUCUUGUUUCCUGACCCUGGACUGGUUAAGGCAGAUGUGGGUGAGAUACCUGUA